AUGGACGAGAGCGAGUCAAGUGACACAGACAAAGGCAUGCUCUUGCAUUAUGCCGCCCCCGCAUCUUCAUGGUCUGAGGCUCUUCCCAUUGGUAACGGGCGGCUAGGAGCUAUGGUCUACGGGCGAACGUCGACCGAGCUGCUCCAACUCAACGAGGACUCUGUUUGGUAUGGCGGCCCGCAGGACAGAACACCCCGAGAUGCGCACAGUCAUUUAGCUACUCUCAGACAACUGAUCAGAGAUGAGAAGCACAAGGAUGCAGAAGAUCUUGUGAAGGAGGCCUUCUUUGCUACGCCAUCGAGCAUGAGACACUACGAGCCACUGGGUCAAUGCAAGAUUGAGUUUAAUCAUGAGGAGAGUGAGGUGACCGAUUACACAAGAUACCUCGACUUGGAUGCUUCCCAAGUCACAACUCGUUACAAAUGCGGUGGUAUUUCUUAUCGUCGUGAUGUAAUUGCCAGCUAUCCGGAUAGUGUACUUGCCAUCCAAGUCCAAGCAUCCGAAAAGAGCCGUUUCGUUAUACGGUUGAAUCGACAGAGCGAGAAUGAGGGAGAGACCAACGAGUACCUCGACAGCAUCUUCGCGCAAGACGCACGGAUUAUUCUCAACGCUACGCCAGGUGGUGCAAACAGUAAUCGCCUGUCUCUCGUUCUUGGAAUUUCCUGCGAACCUGGUGAUGGGAUUGUCAAGGCAGUUGGAAAUUGUCUGGUUGUGGAUGCGGCCAAAUGUGUUAUCGCCAUCGGCGCGCAUACGACGUUCAGAAAAGAGGACCCCGAAAGAUCGGCUCUUUUAAAUGUUGAUGAUGCUCUUCGGAGGCCAUGGGAAGUUCUCGUCCGCCGCCAUCGAUCCGAUUACACCAACCUCUUCGGCCGAAUGUCCCUUCGGUUAUUCCCUGACGCGAACCAUCUAACGACGAACAAGAGAAUCGUCAGCAGCAGAGAUGCAGGCUUGGUGGCUUUGUAUCACAACUACGGACGAUACCUGCUCAUCUCCUCAAGUCGAAACUCGGAGAAGGCUCUGCCAGCAACACUACAGGGGAUAUGGAAUCCUUCUUUUUCACCACCCUGGGGAUCCAAGUUCACCAUCAACAUCAACCUCCAAAUGAACUACUGGCCAGCUAUUCCUUGCAGUCUCAUCGAAUGUGCUAUACCACUCAUCAAGCUCCUCGAACGCAUGGCUGAAAGAGGCAAAAGGACAGCCAAGAUGAUGUACAACUGCAAAGGAUGGUGCGCUCAUCAUAACACGGACAUAUGGGCUGAUACUGACCCUCAAGAUCGGUGGAUGCCUGCUACUAUCUGGCCGCUUGGAGGAGCCUGGCUGUGUACGGAUGUUGUCAGAAUGCUCAUAUAUCAGUACGAACCCACACUUCAUUGCCGUAUUGCUCCUGUCCUCGAAGGCUGUGUUCAGUUCCUUCUUGACUUUCUCAUUCCAUCUGCUUGCGGCAGAUACUUGGUUACCAACCCAUCCUUAUCUCCUGAAAACAGCUUUGUAUCUCAGUCAGGAGAGACAGGCAUUUUCUGUGAAGGGUCUGUGAUCGAUAUGACAAUCGUGCGCAUUGCUUUCGAGAGCUUUCUCUGGAGCAUCAGUAUCCUCGACCCAGAUCACCCGCGAAGGAACGAUGUCAUCGCAGCGCUCGAUAAGCUUCCUCCCAUGUCACUUAAUAAAGAUGGACUCAUACAGGAAUGGGGAUUGAGGAAUCACAAAGAAGCUGAACCCGGACAUCGCCACGUAUCACAUCUCUUGGGACUAUACCCCGAUGACUCUAUCAGUAUGGACUCGUCGCCGCUCCUGAUCAAGGCUGCGAAGAAAGUUCUUGCGAGAAGAGCAGAGCACGGAGGAGGUCAUACAGGCUGGAGUAGGGCGUGGCUACUGAACCUCCACGCACGUCUUCGAGACUCCGAGGGUUGCGAAAAGCACAUGGAUUUAUUGUUGAAAACGUCAACAUUACCAAACAUGCUGGACAAUCAUCCUCCAUUUCAGAUAGACGGCAACUUUGGUGGAUGUGCUGGGAUCUUGGAGUGUCUCGUCCAAUCUACCCUGAGAUCCGAGCCUUCAAAGCAAGUCGUCGUCAUACAUCUACUUCCGAGCUUACCGCCGUCUUGGGGAGCUGGGAAGGUAGCACAUGUCAGAGCUAUGGGAGGAUGGCUUGUUUCUCUCGAGUGGAAGGAAGGCAUGCUUAUAGAACCGCUGCGAGUGGAAGCUACUGUAAUUCAGGCUCCAGACGCACUCGUUGUGUUUCCCAGUGGCGAGAAGGUUUAUGCAUCAAGUAAGAAACUUGGACCACAAAGUAUAUGGUAUAAAUGA